GAGAUCGGUGCGACGAGCGUGCGCGCGAGAACGAGGCGGAGACUCCCCCCACCCUCCCCUCAUUCUCCUCUCCGAACCCUUUCCCAUCUCUCCUCUCCUCUCUCUCCAUCUCUCUCUCCUCGCUGAUCCCCCCUCAUCAAGGGCUCCCUCUCUCCGCCGCCAUUAAUGGCGUCCUCCUCCUCCUCCGCCGCUGCCUCUCAGCGGCUCCGCGAGCUCCAAUCCCUCCCCGGCAACAGGACGUGCGUCGACUGCGCCCAGAAGAACCCCCAGUGGGCCUCCGUACCCCACGGCGUCUUCAUGUGCCUCGAGUGCUCCGGCAAGCACCGCGGCCUCGGCGUCCACGUGAGCUUCGUCCGCUCCGUCACCAUGGACUCGUGGUCCGAGCUCCAGAUCCGGAAGAUGGAGGCCGGUGGGGGGAACGACCCCUUCAACGCCUUCCUCGCCGCCCGCGGCGUCCCCAAGGAAACCCCCAUUCCGGCCAAGUACAACUCCGCCGCCGCCGCCCUCUACCGCGACCGCGUCCAAACCCUAGCCGAUGGUCGCCAAUGGCGAGAUCCGCCUCUGAUCGCGGAGGAAACGCUAGGGACCGAGUGUUGGGGGGGCUGGGACGAUGACGCGAACUCCCGAUCGGCCGCGGAUCUGCGGCGGCAUCAAUCGGUGGGGAAUCUUAAAGCAGGAGGAGGGGGAGGAGGUAUGGGGAUCGAGUCGAGGUCGAGAUCGACGGAGGAUCUCCACGCUAGGGCUCGGAUCGAGGCAUCGGCGGCGAACAAGGAGAGCUUCUUCUCGAGGAGGGUAACCGAGAACGCGGCGAGACCGGAAGGGAUCCCACCCUCUCAGGGGGGGAGGUACGUAGGGUUUGGGUCGAGCCCCGCGAUGCCGCGAAGCAGUUCGCAGGGGGACGUGCUCAGAGAUACGGUUUCGGCCGUUUCUCAGGGUUUUGGCCUACUCUCCAUGGUUGCAGCUUCUGCAGCACAAUCUGCUGCUAAUGUAGUCCAAGCAGGGACAAAAGAGCUUACUUCAAAGGUGUUAGAGGGAGGCUACGAACAUAGGGUGAAUGAAACAGUGAAUGUGGUCGCCACAAAAACUACUGAAAUAGGUCAGAAGACGUGGGACAUGAUGAAAGGAGUCGUGGCAAUAGCUUCACAAAAGGUUGAGGAGUAUGCUAGAGAAGGCGUAAGUUGGAAGGAGGAAGAUUGGCCGCGAAAUGAGAGCGAGAGAAAUGGAUGCCGUAGCAAAGAGCUCGGCCCAGAGAAUAAGAGUUCGGACUCUCCCGGACAGCAUUCGUCAUCUCGAGAUUCAUGGGAUGACUGGGAUUCGAACGACAAAAAGGAAGAGGAAGGGAUUCAUGGCAGAGACAGCUGGGGCGGAUGGGAUAUCGCAAAAGAUGAUGGCUACGAGAACUACGAAAACUCAUCUAACAAGCAUGCCGACCACAGUCGAAAAUCCGACUCGGCUUGGUCCGACAGUGGUUUUCUUUGAGAAGGAUGAUUUGUUCAGUAUCUCUUCUCCACCUGGAAAAGUAGAUCUAAAAGUUUCGCAUUGUUUAUUUGGUUCUGUUGCUAUAGAUAUCUGUAAUACAAAAUGCUGUUUCUGGGAUUAGCUAUUAUGUUUGUGUAAGAAACAGAGAGAGUGGAGAAUUGUAGCCAUGAUGUAAAAGCUAGCAACCUUCAUUUGGGCUUUCUUUUCCCCAGGUAUAACAAGUUAUUAAAGCUUUGUAUGAAA